ACAAUCUCUAUCAGUCCACUGCUAGAUAUUUCCAGGUCCUUACCCACACACCAUCGUCAAAAUGCCUGCAGACUACAAUGGAACAUGGGAGAUGGUAUCCAACGACAAAUUUGAGGACAUAAUGAAGGCGAUUGACAUUGACUUUGCCACCAGGAAAAUUGCAGCUCACCUGAGCCAGACCAAGGUGAUUGUCCAGAACGGAGACAAAUUCGAGACCAAGACCCUAAGCACCUUCCGGAACUACGAAGUGAACUUUGUAGUAGGGGAGGAGUUUGAGGAGACCACUAAGGGGCUGGACAACAGAGUGGUCAAGACAUUGGUCACCUGGGAUGGAGACAAGCUGGUGUGUGUCCAGAAGGGAGAGAAGGAAAACCGUGGUUGGAAACAUUGGAUUGAGGGAGACCUACUGCACCAGGAAAUCACCUGUAAAGAUAAAGUCUGUCGCCAAGUAUUCAAGAAAAAACAAUAAAAACUGAUUUCAUCACCUGA